AUGCUGCGCGCGGGGCGCUGCGGGCGAGCGCUGCGCCCGCGGGGUGGUGGGGGGGCGGCGGCGGGGGGGACCCCGCGCUGGCUCCGCCGCCUCCUCCGCACCGCGCCCCCCCGCCGGGCCUCCGACCUGCUGGGCGUGCUGGGGCGGGCGCUGGGGCAGCUGGGGCAGGGGCUGCGGGAGCAGCUGCCGGGCGGGAGCUGGGAGCCGCUGGAGCGCGGGCAGCGCCUGCCCCCGGAACAGGCCGACGUGCUGGUGGUGGGGGGCGGCGUGCUGGGCUGGUCCGUCGCCUACUGGCUGAAGGCCCUGGAGGGGGCCCACCGGUGGCAGCAGGGCAUGCGGGUGCUGGUGGUGGAGCGCGACCCCACGUACGCCCGGGCCUCCUCCGUGCUCUCCAUUGGGGGCAUCCGGCAGCAGUUCUCCCUGCCCGAGAACAUCCGCAUGUGCCGCUUCUCCGCCGCCUUCCUGCGCACCAUCAACGAGCACCUCGGGGUGCCGGGUGAGCCGGCCAUCGACCUGCAGUUCAACCCCUCGGGCUACCUGUUCCUGGCCUCCGAGCAGGGCGCCGCCACGCUGCAGGAGAACGUGCGGCUGCAGAGGGACGAGGGAGCGCACGUGUCCCUCCUCUCGCCCGCCCGCCUCAAGGAGAAGUUCCCCUGGGUGAACGUGGACGGCGUCGCCCUGGCCUCCCACGGCCUGGAGGAUGAAGGCUGGUUCGACCCUUGGUCCCUGCUCGGCGCUUUCCGGCGAAAGGCCGUUUCCCUGGGCGUGCACAGCUGCGUCGGCGAGGUGAAAUCUUUCGUCACCUCCUCCUCCUCCUCCACGAGCACGGCGACGGGGCGGCCGGAGCCCAUGUCCCGCAUCAGAUACGUCAACGUGCACAUGCCCGACAGCAGGGAAUACCAGCCCGUGGCCUGCGCCCUCGUGGUCAACGCCGCCGGCGCCUGGGCCGGCCACCUGGCCGACCUGGCCGUGCCGCCGGGCGCCGAGCCGCCGCCCCGGCUCCCCGUGGAGCCCCGCAAAAGGUUCGUCUACGUGUGGCACUGCCCCGACGGGCCCGGCUUGGACUGUCCGCUGCUCGUCGACACCUCCGGCGCCUACUUCCGUCGCGAAGGCAUCGCCGGCAACUACCUGGGGGGCAUCAGCCCCAGUGAGGAGGAAGAGCCAGACAUUGGGGACCUAGAGGUGGACCAUGGCUUCUUCCAGGACAAAUUGUGGCCCAAGCUCGCCCACCGGGUGCCCGUCUUUGCCUCCCUGAAGGUGAAGAGCGCCUGGGCCGGCUACUACGACUACAACACCUUCGACCAGAACGCGGUGGUGGGCCCCCACCCGCGGGUGGAGAACCUCUUCGUGGUGGCGGGCUUCAGCGGGCACGGGCUGCAGCAGGCGCCGGCCGCCGGGCGCGCCGUGGCCGAGCUCGUGCUGAAGGGCCGCUUCGAGAGCAUCGACCUGCGGCGCUUCUCCUUCGACAGGAUCCCGGCCGGCGAACCGCUCCGGGAGAGGAACAUCAUCUGAGCGCGCCUCCCUCCCCGCCAACCCCACCCCAACACCCGGCUGCCACCCCCCAAUAAAGCGGUUGUGCCGGCGCC